AUGGCAGCCGCGAGGCGGCCGCGGGGGCUGUGGGAGCGCGUGUGCGCAGAGUAUGAAGCAGAACAACCUGCCUUUCCAGAUGUUUAUGAGUCAAAGCAAGAAUCUGUGUCUUUGGAGGCAGGAACAUUGCAGCCGUUAUGUAUGGAACAAUUCUACGCAGCCUCUGCAGCUAAUACUGUUGGCCAGCAGUUGCUUUCCACAUGCAAAGCAGCUACCUUUUCAGAACCACCUGAUCCAAAAGCAUGCUCUCCUCGAGAAUACUUAGAGUGUUACAUAUUUCCGACACUUUUACCUGGAAUGGCUGAACUUCUACAUCAAGCAAAGAAGAAGAAGUGUUUUGAGAGAAAAAGAACCAAAUUUAUCGCCUGUGAUUUCCUAACUGAAUGGUUAUACAACCAUAACCCAAAGAGGAAAGCUGAAUCAUUCACAGCAUUCUUUUCCAUUCCUUUUGUUAGAGACUGGCUAAAGGACCAUCCUAGGCCACCAAUUCCUCUGUCUCUCCUUCUAUCUGAAGAAGAAGCAAGCAAAGUAAUUCAGUCAUUCUGGAGAGGUUAUCGGGUCCGCCGUGAUCCAGAAGUACGAGAGCUACGUCAGUGGCAAAAGCAGUUGAGAGAGGACAAAAAUGUUAUUCAGAGUUUGAAAGAAUUCUGGAUUAAGCAGGAAGCCAAAGACUGUCUCAAUUCAUGUCACAGCUUGUGACAGAUGGGUUUCCUUCACCCGAUUUCUUCUGAUGUAAUGAGAAAACA